GGCGCAGUUUUGAUAGGAGCAGCGGAAUUUAUUUUGCUUUUUUUCAAGAUCCACUUGAAGGUGUUCUUCAUGGCUUUAAUUAAAGAUAUGCUGCUUGCCAACCUGCAUCAACUUGAGUGUCACUUCACCUGGGGUUUGAAUGACGCCGACUUAAAUGAUCUACAGAACAGGCUAAAAAGCAAUAUUGAAAUGUCAGUGGGAGAGGAGAGGAAUAUCGGAUGGUCAUACAGUAAUCUGGCUUUCACAAAGUUCAUUCAAGGUCUCCUUGAGGAAGCACGGGAUGACUUGGAAAAGGCUGAGGAGCACAUCAGGAAGCAUCAUGGUGACAACUGUGAGAGGCAGCUCAUCAUCACCUAUGGCAAUUUUGCAUGGGUGUAUUAUCAUAUGGGUGAGCAUGCACAAUCCCAGACCUACCUGGACAAGCUGGAGAAGAUUAAAAUGCAGUUUCCUACAGAAUCCCCUGCUGUUCUCCAUCCUGAAAUCUACGGGGAGAAAGGCAGGGCAUUCCUGAACUUCUCUCAACAAUACUAUGAGAAAGCAAAAGAGUGCUUUGAGAAGGCGCUGGAGUUGGAGCCAGAAGAGAUAGAGUGGAAUGAGAGUUAUGCUGUGGCUCUGUGUCGCACCGAGUUCAAUCUCACAAGCUUUGAAGAGUCCCCAGCAAGCAGGCAGUUGAGGCGGGUUUUAGAACUUGAUCCAAACAAUGCUUACAUGAUGGUUCUGCUGGGUCUGAAGCACGCUAGCUAUAAACAGAAUCAGAGAGCCGAGGAGCUGAUGGAAAUGGCCAUGGCCUUGGAUCCCAACAAACCCUAUGUGAUACAACUGUGUCAGAGCUUCCAGCCAGCAGAGGCCGCCAAAGCUCGAAAUUCAAUCAAAAAGUCAGACACCGAGCUCUUGACGCAGGAGGAGCUGGCGUGCCCUGGAGUGCCCCACAGCUGA